GAAGAGCUUGAAGGUGACUCCAAGGCCAACACGGUGGAAGCCCAGAUGGUGGCCAGCUUGGUUGGCAAGGUCCUCGGAUAUGGCGAGCUCUCGGUGAGCCAGGUGGGUGUGGUAACCCCCUACGUGGCGCAGGUUCGGAGACUGCGCCAAUUUCUGCGGCCAGUGCUUCCACCGGGGGCUGAUCCACGUCUGCUGGAGUGUGCGUCGGUUGAUAACUUCCAGGGCCGGGAGAAGGAGCUCAUCGUUUUUUCCGCCGUCCGCAGCAACCGAGCUGGUAACGUCGGCUUCUUGGCCGAUUGGAGACGCCUGAAUGUCAUGCUCACCCGAGCACGGCGCGGCUUGCUAAUCUUCGGGAACUCCGCAACACUGAAGCAGGACCCAAUCUGGGAGAAGUGGCUGGCCUUCGCUGAAGAGCACGAGUGCAUGGUCAAAGACCUCCCGAUGCCUUCGCCGCCCCCGUUUGCCGGCAAGGGCGUGCCGUUUGCAUCGGCGUUCCUGCCUGGCAAGGGGGGCAAGGGCUUCGUCAAAGGUCUGGCACCACCACGGCCAUUCACUCCCCCAGGUCCUCGGAUAAACCCGGCAGUGGCCGCCGCCCAAGCCGCAAGGGCCGCUAUGGAGGUGUCUGCAGACCUGCAGAUGCGCGCCGAAGCGGCGCCGGAG